UUUAUCAGUUUGUUGAAAUCCCAUUACAAACCACAUCAAUCAAAACCAGAAGAAAAGGAGAACUGAGACCGGAACAGCUGUAACAUCAUGAAGAACCAGGAUGUGGCACCAAGCCGACUUCUGCUGCUCCACCCAAGGAAGGCUGUGGCUAAACCAGAGGUUACCACGAAUCCAGCACUGCGCAGGCGCCGACCGGGCUGCCAAGGCGCCUUUAAAGCGUGCCCGGAAGUGACGCGAAUCGCGCUGAUCCCAGACUGGGGAAGGGCUGAGCGAAUCGCUGAGGCCAGCGGGCCGGGCGGGCGUCCUCGGCCGCUAUGAGCUGCACGAUCGAGAAGAUCCUGACGGACGCCAAGACGCUGCUGGAGCGGCUGCGCGAGCACGAUGCGGCGGCCGAGUCGCUGGUGGACCAGUCGGCCGCGCUGCACCGGCGGGUGGCGGCGAUGCGGGAAGCGGGCGCCGUGCUGCCCGAGCAGUAUCAAGAGGAUGCAUCCGACGUGAAGGACAUGUCUAAAUAUAAACCUCACAUUCUGCUGUCUCAAGAGAAUACCCAGAUUAGAGACUUGCAGCAAGAAAACAGAGAGCUGUGGGUUUCCUUGGAGGAGCACCAGGAUGCUUUGGAACUCAUCAUGAGCAAGUACCGGAAACAGAUGUUACAGUUAAUGGUUGCUAAAAAGGCAGUGGAUACCGAACCAGUCCUGAAAGCUCACCAGUCUCACUCUGCAGAAAUUGAAAGUCAGAUUGAUAGAAUCUGUGAAAUGGGAGAAGUGAUGAGGAAAGCCGUUCAGGUGGAUGAUAAUCAGUUUUGUAAGAUUCAGGAAAAACUAGCUCAACUAGAGCUUGAAAAUAAGGAACUUCGAGAAUUAUUGUCCAUCAGCAGUGAGUCUCUUCAGGUUGGAAAGGAAAAUUCUGUGGAUCCUGCUUCCCAGCCCAUCAAAUAACUGAACUUCUGAACGCUGGCUGCAGACGCCCGUCAUGGAGAGAAGUGGCUACCUCUCCAUAAGACGCGUCCAUUCAAGUGUCUUGCCACAGACUUGAGUUAGUGUCGAUUAGAGGUAUGAGAUGGCAGUUCAGAAUUGCCACUUGCCAUUCAUUGUCCACAAAACAGUUUGGGGUGUAUUAGUAAAAAUAGACACGCCUCACCAUUCCUUUGUCAGAGACUAAGUUCAGUUUUUACCCUGGGACCUGAAUUUAUAGAAACUGUUUUCAGUUCAUUUUUGUUUUUCACAUCUCUGAAACUCCGAACAUUUUAUUAUAAACCAGUGAUUUUAUUUUAUAUAGGAUUAUAAAAUUGACUUCUAAGAAUUUUUAAGAGGUUGAACUUUUUAAAGGUACAUGUUUGGUGUAAACCUGGAUUUUUUUUUUUUUCCACUUGCAAAAGUAACGUGAUUCACAGAAGCAGAGCCUCUGAGUUCCGUCACUCAUCUGUGGAGUUUGGAUUCUCUCUGGUGCUAGGAGUUGACACUUCGUGGUCAGGUGUCUUUUCUCUUAAUUGAGAGGAUCUAUUACUAGUCCCCGGGCAGUAUACUUGACACCAGGUCACCUGGGUUUGGGUUGUUCUCCUCCCCACAGGGAUCACAUAGUCAUUCAGAGAGUGCCCAGGAACUUGGACCAGCCCCAUCAGGUACAGUCCCACAUGAGCACUUGAUUUAAAUGCCACUUGAUUUAAAAGCUUUUAUUUAUUUGAUUAAGCAAUCAGCUUGCCUUUUGUUUGACUAGGGAAUAUCCAGCUUAGGUAGUUGGCCGACUACGAAGAAUGUGUCUUGAUUUCCCCACAUCAUAGUUCGUGGACACCGUGCCCCACUAUUUGAUGGGUACAUCGCUGUGAUGGUGAAGGAUGGCACUGCUUGGAUGGCUUAUCACCGGCAGUAGUAAUCUGCUGUCUGAGAUCUGUUUGAGUUUUACAUGGAAGCACUGUAUCACCCACAGAAAGCUACUACAGUCCUGAUGCCAUGCAGGCGAUUGAGAACAAACUGAGAUUCAGGUGCAGGGAGGGUCUACUAGUCACCUUGUCAACCUUCCCCUGGCCUUCCUGGUUUACUCAAAUUUAUAAAGAAUUCCUUUUACACGAUUUGUUUGCCUAAAAUAGCUGAAAAAAAUCUUAACUCUGUCAAUAUUUGCCAAUACUAAGUACCAUACCAUAUGCGAAAGAUGAUAUUAAGAAAGAUCUAGUGUUUAUAUGUAAAGUUUCUUUUGUAUGGUCCAAAGAACUAAUUCGAGCUAAAGCAACAAAAUCUAUCCAGAACGUUCUGAGUCCAUCUGAUCCCAUUAAUACUUACAGACUUUAAUUAGAGUAGUGGACAACUCCAACCGUUUGCCUUGAAGUAUCCCCUAAGUGCCCAAAGUGUACCCCACAAGCCCAUCGGGAGCAAGUGUCCUCUCCCCUAAGUGACAGUGUACUCCACAAGCCCAUCGGGAGCAAGUGUCCUCUUCCCUAAGUGCCCAAAGUGUACUCCACAAGCCCAUCAGGAGCAAGUGUACUCUCCCCUAAGUGACAAAGUGUACUCCACAAGCCCAUCGGGAGCAAGUGUACUCUCCCCUAAGUGACAAAGUAUACUCCACAAGCCCAUCAGGAGCAAGUGUCCUCUACCACUUGUCAGCUAUCACUCAAAUUUCAUUGAAAAUGGUAGUGUUACCAGAUAGUCUGUGUCAGCGAUGUACACAGGAGCCCUUUAUCUGCCUUAUGUUCCCUCUUUCCAUCUUAGCCACCAGAAGAACCUCUUCCUCUUAGUCCUGGGGAUAUACUGAGCUUUCAAUGCCCUGUGUCAUAUAAAUUAUGCCUGGUGUUAAUGCUGUGAAGGUAAUAUAGAGCUAGUGUAUUGAAUGGAGAAGGAGUGUUCUUCACUUUGUGUGAAGAUAUUAAUGUCUCUUGCAGUAGAUGGAAGAAUUUAGUGUGUGAAAUUUUAAUAUGAAAUUAUCUUUGCUAAUAAAAACCUCUAUGGGGAAGAUUUGCUAAUUU